GACAUUACUCGCUCUUAUUCAAUAACACUUCAACUCGAUGGAGUUCACGGAGCGAAAUUAGACCAAGAAUCGUUGUUUUUUGGUUAUAAAAAGUGCACUCGGUGCUCUGGCAGGAUGUCCCAGCUGCUGAGGCUUCUCUCCACGGCCUCCCUGCCUCUCUUCCGGGCAGGAGGAGCCCGGGCUCGGCUGUCUGCGGUGCUCUCUGGACGGCUCUUCUCCGGAUACAGGAGCUCCGCUGCGACGAACAUCAGUCGGACACCAGCUAACUUCCUGUCAUGUCGCAGAUUCCAGACCCUUCAGAGACGACUGUACUCCACUGAACCUAAAGAUGGAAAAGGAGGAGCGACAGGAGGAGGAGGAAGGUCAUCAGGUGGAGGGAAGAAAGGAGGGAAUGACUGGUCGAGCCGACUACAAAAGGGCGACUUCCCCUGGGAUGAGAAGGAUUUCCGGUACAUUGCGAUCGCCGUGGCGGGGGUCAGCUCCGCUCUGCUGUAUUAUUACUUCAGAGACACGGGGAAAGAGAUCAGCUGGAAGGACUUCAUCCACCGCUACGUGGUCCGAGGAAUGGUGGAGCGGUUAGAGGUCGUCAACAAACAAUAUGUCCGAGUCAUCCUGGCGCCGGGGGCCGACACCGAUGCGAGCUACGUGUGGUUCAACAUAGGGAGCGUGGACACGUUUGAGAGGAACCUGGAGGCGGCGCAGAUGGAGCUGAACCUGGAGCCGUCGCACCGCCCGUCCGUCGUCUACAGCACGGAGAGCGACGGCUCCUUCCUGCUGAGCAUCGUCCCCACGCUGCUGCUCGUCACCAUCAUGCUGUACACACUGCGCCGGGGCCCCAUGGGGGGGGGGGCCGGCGGGGGCAGGGGGGGGCCCUUCAGCAUGAGCGAGUCCCCGGCCAAAAUGAUGAAGGACAACAUCGACGUGAAGUUCAAAGACGUGGCCGGCUGCGAGGAAGCCAAGCUGGAGAUCCUCGAGUUCGUCAACUUCCUGAAGAACCCUCAGCAGUACCAGGACCUGGGGGCAAAGAUACCCAAGGGUGCCGUUCUGUCGGGGCCUCCGGGGACGGGGAAGACUCUCCUCGCUAAAGCCACGGCCGGAGAGGCCAACGUCCCGUUCAUCACCGUCAACGGGUCAGAGUUCCUGGAGAUGUUCGUGGGCGUCGGGCCGGCCAGGGUGAGGGACAUGUUCGCGAUGGCGAGGAAGAACGCGCCCUGCAUCCUCUUCAUCGAUGAGAUCGACGCCGUGGGCAGGAAGAGGGGGGGGGGAAACUUUGGGGGUCAGAGUGAGCAGGAGAACACUCUGAACCAGCUGCUGGUGGAGAUGGACGGGUUCAACACGUCGACUAACGUGGUCGUCCUCGCAGGAACCAACAGACCCGACGUCCUGGAUCCGGCUCUGAUGAGACCGGGACGCUUCGACAGGCAGAUCUAUAUCGGUCCUCCAGACAUUAAGGGCAGGGCGUCCAUCUUUAAAGUUCACCUGAGGCCCAUCAAGACGGACCCCACUAUGGACAAAGACAACCUCGCCAGGAAGAUGGCCGCCGCCACGCCGGGAUUCACCGGAGCCGACAUCGCUAACGUCUGCAACGAGGCGGCGCUGAUCGCUGCUCGACAUCUGAACAAGUCGGUGAGCGGGAAACACUUCGAGCAGGCCAUCGACCGCGUCAUCGGAGGUCUGGAGAAGAAGACGCAGGUCCUGCAGCCGACGGAGAAGAAGACGGUGGCGUUUCACGAGGCGGGGCACGCCAUCGUGGGCUGGUUCCUGGAGCACGCAGACCCCCUGCUGAAGGUGUCGAUCAUCCCGCGGGGGAAGGGUCUGGGCUACGCUCAGUACCUGCCCAGAGAGCAGUACCUGUACAGCAAGGAGCAGCUGUUCGACAGGAUGUGCAUGAUGCUGGGAGGGAGAGUCGCUGAGCACGUGUUCUUCGGGAGGAUCACGACAGGAGCUCAGGACGACCUGAAGAAGGUCACUCAGUCUGCGUACGCUCAGGUGGUGCAGUUUGGGAUGAGUGACAGGGUGGGCCAGGUGUCCUUCGACCUCCCCAGGCAGGGGGAGAUGGUUCUGGAGAAGCCGUACAGCGAGGCCACGGCAGAGCUCAUCGACUCUGAGGUCAGAGAGCUGAUAGAGAGAGCCUAUCAGAGGACUCUGGAGCUGGUGACUGAGAAGAGGGAGCUGGUGGAGCUGGUGGGCCAGCGCCUCCUGCAGAGGGAGAUUCUGGACAAAGCGGACAUGUUGGAGCUGCUGGGGCCGCGGCCCUUCGAGGAGAAGUGCACCUACGAGGAGUUUGUGGAGGGGACGGGCAGCUUCGAGGAGGACACCUCGCUGCCUGAGGGCCUGAAGGACUGGAACCAGGAGCGGGGGGUCGAGGAGGAGACAACAACCCCCCCUCAGGACAAGCAGCAGGCCGUGUAGAGCAGGGAGGAAAACAAGCGCUCCCUCCUCCCCUCCACAGGACAAGCAGCAGGGGAGAGAGAGGAGCAGGAACACUGACUGAGGAGGAAUAAUGAACGCCCUGAAUUGACUGUUUGUUACAGGGUGUUUUCCAGGUAUCGCUUCACUUUGUUUCCCCACACUUCACAGACACUUCUACAGUAAAGAUAUGGAUCCAUUUCGGGGGUUCAUGUUUAAAAAAAAAGUCAAUUUCAGAGCUUUAAUUAUUAAUUCAAGGACGUAAAGAUGAGGAAAACAAGCGCUCCCAUCCAACCUGCUGCAGAAACACUGUUUGAGCUGGGGAGGAGAUAUAAUGAUGUACUCAGCGCCAUAUAGAGAGACUUAUUAUACGGCUCUGGAUGUACUGUGUUUGCUUCAGGUGAUAGUUAAGAUAACGACGUUGUUAAAUAAAAUAACUGAAUCUAAUCCAGCACGGUCUCAUGUCCCUCAACACUCACGAUAAACGGCAUGGAUUUGAUUGACAUUUGGGACGGAGACUCGUGGGUACUUUCCAGUUAUCAUGUUUUGAAGUGUGUUAUUUAAAACUGAAAUCACUAAAACCAUUAUAGAAACAUCUUAGUGUAGAAUAUAAUAUAUAUUAAGUUACAACGGCUUUCCUGUGGAUUUAUUUCAGGUGUUAAACGUCUCUGUUUCAAAGAAGACAAGUGGGUAAAUGAAGAGCAUUUAUUAUUCCAAGUAAAGUCUCCAGAAGGAUCAGAAAGUUCCUCUGAAUGUGGACUUUAUUUAAGUCCCUCAGACGCUGCAUCAGUUCCUCCUCAGUCCGACAGGAAGACGCAGACUGGACUGCGAGAAGGAUUUCUCUUUUUAUUUAUGGCAUGAAAGGCGAGUUUUCCCGCACGGCGACGACGUCCCGGAGAUGUUUUUUUAGACGUGUAAAAAACGUGGAGAGUUGAUGUGGAGUUAUUUCCUGUUUUGACUCCAUGUGGCGGAGGUGUUCUGUACAAACUGCUCGAUGCUGGGACGACGUGUUCAUGUUUGUAUUGAUUUUGUGCAAAAAUCACAAGUAAAUAAUAUCCAAUAUUCAUGAUUGCGUUCUCUUUGAAGGAUUUCUGAUGCUUUUACAGCAGAGAUCCAACAACACAUGAUCGAUAGUUAGUUUGCAACGUUCCCCCAAGAAGAUCUUAUUUUAUGUUGUGAUGUCUUUCCCCUUAAAGAAUGUAAAACCAAUGAAAUGAUUCUCCGGUAGCCUCGGCCUGAUUCACGUGAUCAGGUUUCAACUGAUGUUCAACUGAGUGAUUCACCCCCCGACUAAAGGGUCCCCAGAGUAACUAAUAAAACAUGUAUCUCCA